CAGCAAAGUGAGAGCGGUCAAAGAAUUGGAAACUCUCAGAGCGGCCUCUUAACUCUCUCUGUCCUUCACACACUUUUUUUUUUUUUUUUUUUUUUUUCUUGCAUGUUUGGAUUCAGCACAGUCGUCCACUGCACAGCGCUGGUCUGCAGGCUGAGGACGGUCCUGCUGAGGGACGCAUCAGAAACAGUAACCUGAGGAGUCCUCUGAAGUCCGGACGGACAAAGAAACCCGACUGUCUCAUUGAUCGGCUCACAAUGAAGCCGCUGUUUGUCCUACUCCUUUCCACUGCUUGGACUCUCAGCGCAGCUCAGCAUUACUACCAGGGGCUGAUGGAUUAUUUGGAGAACAGAUUGUUGGCUAUUGAGGAUCGCAUGCUGCUGUGGCACGACGAGUCUCACCGCCAUCACACGGAGAUGAAGGACCUGAGAAAGCUGGCCGCCGAGGCUGUGGACACGCUGAAGAACCACCACGGCUCCCUGGCCAAAAACCUGGAGGGCGCCGCGGCGCGAGUGGACCGCAUCGAGCGGGAGAUGGACUUUGUGGAGAGCCAGACGUCCCCCCGGGCCUGUGCGAACACCGCCGACAAGGUGGUGGAGCAGGGGGCCUGGGGGCUGCAGGAGAGCCGAGGGGAGGCCGAGGAUGAGGAGUGGGAGGAGAUUUCCUCCACCGUCUCUGACUGUGUGGAAAUCAUCUCUGGCAUCAGAUCAGUGAAAAUCCUGAAGCGAGUGGGCAGUCCCAAAGGAAUGUGGACCAGAGACCCCAGAUCGUCCAAGGUCUACGUCUUUAACGGCACAUCGGGAGACACCGUCUACCAGUUCAGCUCUGUUCGGGACUUUUCGGGCUCUCCUGGUGUGGAAGGCAGCAAACCCUUCAGGCUCCCCUCUGAGUGGGCCGGGCCCGGCAGUGCCGUCUAUAACGACUAUCUGUACUAUGUGAAGCAAGAGGCCGAUACGGACGUUCAGGUGGUCAAAUAUGACCUGCUGGCUGGCGAGGAGACAGAAACGGCCAUAUUCCCCGUGGAGAGCCGGGCCACGGUUUACGACCUCAACCCGGAGACGGUCGCGGACCUCGCAGCUGAUGAUGAGGGUCUCUGGCUCCUGUAUGCCCCCAGUGACAGCGAACCAAGCAUCAGCCUGGCAAAGAUGGACGCUGCCACGCUGGAUAUAGAGCAGAUCUGGGACACCCGCUGCCCGCGGGAGAACGCAGAGGCCGCUUUUGUAGUGUGCGGGACCGUCUACGUGGUCUACAACACUCGCCUGGCCAGCCGCUCCCGGGUCCAGUGCGUGUUUGACGUCAACGACAUGGUGGUCAGCGAGGAGGCUCCGCUCCUCUACUUCCCCAGGAGGUACGGCGCCCACGCCAGCCUGAAAUACAACCCCGAGGAGAAGCAGCUCUACGGGUGGGACGACGGCUACCAAAUCAUCUACAGACUGACCAUGAAGAGGAAACUCCUGGCUUAACAGCAGUGAAGCAGUGACACAUUUUCUAA